UACGAAUAAAAAUAUUGGGGACUAAUUCGCGAUUUCUCACUUUCCAACUGGGUUUUGGGAAUCUCUUCCCUUCGUCGUUGCCGCCAUUAAACGGACGGUGUCGUAUAGAUCUUCUUUUCGCGAACAAAGCGAGAAUCUUUUUUCAUUCUGAUCAAUCGUAAAAUUUGCUUGUCAAAAGGGAACAGAGGAGACCAAAAACUGACUUCCUCCAUCGAUUCUUGAAUCGAAUCGUUAAUCAUGGUAAGCUCUAUCAAAUUGAUGAACUUUUAUGCUCCUUGAUGUGUUUUCGUUAUUGAUUCCACGGUCGCUAUUCUCCAUAACUAGUUAGGGUUUUUGAGAGCGACGGUGUGAUGCGAUCUCUGGCCGAUUUUAUCUAAUUAUGACCAUGGAAUUACUUUUCGGAUCGAAUCAAUAUCCGCUGAAGGCUAUUAUUCGUUUUAAAUGGUUGUGCGAUUCUGUUGUUUUGCUGUAUUUGGAUAUGGGGAAUUUUUUCAUUGUUAUUUUGGUUUUUGGAGUAGGAUUAUCAUUUUUAAAAUCAAAUUCUUUGAAGGAAAUAUUUUAGUAGAUAUGAUGUUCUUUUUGCUUGAAAGAAUUUGUUUUAGCUGAAGAAUGCAAGUUAAAUGUUUAUUAGAAUGUGGAGCUUGAUUCGGUUCUAGGUUGCUUAGGUUUAAGGUGGAUUGAGAGACAUUAGGUUUUAGAUUUUGAAUUGAGAAAAGGGUUUUUCCCCUCAUUGAGCGUAUUUACAUCCCUCUAAGGCUGAACAUAGUCUAGAUGAUCCUUGCAAGAAUAUGCUCAAGAUUGAAUUACCGUACCAGUGAAUGUGUAUCUUUUGCGGAAAUCAGUGGUCUGGUUGAGUGUAGUAUAUUUGGGCAGUUGAUAUAUGUUACGAGUGUCAUGGUGAAGGUGAACUUGAUUUUUUUCCCCCCUUAUAAAAAGGGAAAAUCUUUGUUUGAUAAUUGUAAAGUUGAUGCACGAUAUGUAUAAUUGAUAUCUUUGUGUUUGUAGUUUUGAGUUCUGGGUCUUUAAGAUGUACCGAACAUUUUUAUUUGGUUUCUGCAGUCUUCCCUUGCAGCUGCAAGAGCAGACAACUUUUACUAUCCACCAGAAUGGAGCCCCAAGAAGGGGGGCUUGAACAAGUUUCAUGGUCAACAUGCUUUGAGAAAGCGAGCACGGAAGUUGGACCAGGGUAUUUUGAUUAUAAGAUUCGAGAUGCCAUACAACAUCUGGUGUGGAGGAUGUGAAUCUAUGAUUGCAAAGGGUGUUCGAUUCAACGCAGAGAAAAAGCAAGUUGGAAAUUAUUAUUCUACAAAAAUAUGGAGCUUUACAAUGAAAUCUGCCUGCUGCAAACAAGAGAUUGUCAUUCAAACAGAUCCACAGAACUGUCAAUAUGUUAUUAUCAGUGGAGCCCGGAAGAAGGUGGAGGAGUUUGAUGAGGAAGAUGCUGAAACCCUGCUUCUCCCAGUAGAUGAAGAAAGAAGCAAGUUAUCAGAUCCAUUUUACCGUCUCGAGCAUCAGGAAGAGGAUAUAAAGAAGAAAAAGGAAGCUGAACCCGCACUAGUGCGACUUCAAAGGCUAUCAGAUUCCAGGCAUUCAGAUGAUUAUGUGUUAAACAAAGCUUUACGUGCUAAACUUAGGAGUCAAAAGAAAAGAGUAGCUGAAGAAGAGGCAGCUUCGAGGAAGAUGGGUUUUGGUAUACGUUUGCUUCCGGCCUCUGAAGAAGAUGUCGCUGCUGCCAAACGGGUGAAAUUUGCUCAGAAGUUUGAAAGAAACAGAAAGGAUAAAAGAGCACUUAUACAAUCUGCUUCAAUCUUCUCUGGUCCUUAUGCGUCGUCUUCUUCCAAGACAAAUUUGGAACUACAAUCAAAGAGGAGGAAAAUAAAUGCUGCAGUGGCGUCAAAGUUGCUCGUUGGAGGAUUUAAGCCUUCAUCACGGGCCAGAUAGAUUUGAUAUGUUGCAGUCUUUGCUUUGACGGCCUUGUUGGAAAGCAUUGCCGACAUCUGGGAUAUGUAGCACUCUCUUAUAGCAUGCUUGUUUGCCAGCAAUGAUGUACCCAAGUAGAUCAGUUUGUUUGGGGUUUUCUCGUGUGAAACUUGUCUUUUUAGCAGUGAUGUUGUGAACCGGUUCAUUUUUGUAUAUAGCUAUGUACCACGAUAUUUCUGAUCUUCUCAGAUGAUGUAUCAACUUUUUAUAAUGUUUGUACUAAUGUUAAUGAUAUCUAAGUCUAUUCUCCCAUC